AGCUCGCUCCUCGGAUUGGCACUUGUAAAGAGAGGCCCAUGUGGUGUGUUAAUGAGCGGCCCACAAACUUUAGCACUUUAGAAAGCUCCCACUUGAUAAUUUCAGCACCUGGAUGUUUGUUUAGGUCGUUUUUCUAAGAUGCUGCUGGAAGCGUUGGACGGAGAAGAGACGGUGGUGCUGAGAGCCGGAGCCGCGUCUGUGCAGGUUCAGGUGGAGCCGGUGGGUCGAUGGUUCGAGGCCUAUGUGAGGAGGAGAAACAGGAAUGCAUCAGCCUCAUUCCAGGAGCUGGAAGAAGAGGAGGAGUCCUCCGAGGAGUCAGACGAUGAGGAGUUUCAGCUGCAGGAGUACCCUGUGCUCCGAACUCUCGACCCUAAAGACUGGAAGAAUCAAGAUCACUAUGCCGUCCUCGGGCUCCCACACUUGAGGUACAAAGCCACACAGAAACAGAUCAAAGCUGCCCACAAAGCGAUUGUGUUGAAGCACCACCCUGACAAAAGAAAAGCUGCAGGAGAGCAGAUUGUAGAAGGAGACAACGACUACUUCACCUGUAUAACUAAAGCAAUAGAAACCCUUUCCGACCCAGUGAAGAGAAGAGCCUUCGACAGUGUGGAUCCUACCUUUGACAACGGCGUGCCUUCUAAGAGCGAAGGCAAAGAAAACUUUUUCGACGGAUUUGCUCCUGUUUUUGAGAGAAAUGCCAGAUGGUCUUCCAAAAAGCACGUGCCCAAACUCGGAACCAUGGAGUCAUCUUUUGAAGAAGUGGAUAAUUUUUACUCUUUUUGGUACAACUUUGACUCUUGGAGGGAAUUCUCAUACUUGGAUGAGGAGGAAAAGGAGAAGGCUGAAUGUCGAGAUGAGAGGAGGUGGAUUGAAAAGCAGAAUCGAGCUUCCAGAGCUCAGAGGAAGAAGGAGGAGAUGAACAGAAUACGAACACUAGUUGAUACGGCCUACAGCUGUGACCCCAGAAUAAAGAAAUUCAAAGAAGAAGAAAAAGCCAAGAAGGAGUCUGAGAAGAAAGCCAAAGCUGAAGCCAAGAGGAGAGAGCAGGAAGAGAGGGAAAGAGCUCGACAAGCCGAACUGGAGGCAGCUCGAUUGGCCAAAGAAAAGGAGGACGAGGAGGCCAAGCAGGUAGCCCAGCAGGCGAAGAAAGAGAAGGAGAUCCAGAAGAAGGCCAUCAAGAAGGAGAGGCAGAAACUCAGGACCACCUGCAAGAACUGGAAUUACUUUGCUGACAAUGAAGCAGAAAGUGUGAAAAUGAUGGAGGAGGUGGAGAAACUCUGUGACCGUCUGGAACUCACAAGUUUGCAGUCCCUGAAUGAAGUCCUGGCCUCAGGCUCUAAAGAGGACAGCAAGGCAGCAGUGGAGCAGCAGGUGCGGGAGGUGAACGCCCAGCUGCAGAGGGAGAAGGACGCCGAGGUCCAGGCCAGGCAGGCGGCUCGCAGCGCCGAGCAGGCCAGUGGAGGAGGAGGAGGUGGGGGGAAGGGCUGGAACGAGGAAGACCUCCAGCUGCUCAUCAAAGCAGUCAACCUGUUCCCUGCUGGAACCAAUGCCAGAUGGGAAGUUAUUGCCAAUUACAUGAACUUGCACUCCACAAGCGGCAUGAAGAGGACAGCCAAAGACGUCAUCAACAAAGCCAAGAACCUACAACGACUUGAUCCACUUCAGAAGGAUGAGAUAAACAGGAAAGCCUUUGAGAAGUUCAAGAAGGAACACAGCUCAGUGGCGCCCUCCAUAGACAACGCUGUGCCCUCAGAGAGAUUCGAUGCAUCUGGCAGUGACGGUAAUGCUGCCCCCUGGACCACAGAGGAGCAGAAACUUCUGGAACAAGCCCUGAAGACAUAUCCAGUCAGCACACCUGAGCGGUGGGAGAAGAUAGCAGCAGCUGUUCCUGGACGAAGCAAGAAAGACUGUAUGAAGAGGUACAAGGAGCUGGUGGAGAUGGUUAAAGCCAAGAAAGCUGCUCAGGAACAAGUGGCAGCCAAGAGUAAAAAAUGACAAGAACCACAAAAGAGAAUAGAAUCUGUGUUAUUUUAACAUUAUUGUGUUGGUCUUUAUUUUAUAAUAAAAAAUUAAAGGAGGAGAAAAUAA